AUGCCACCACAAACCCGCUCCAGCGGCCGGACUCCCGCCGCUGCUGACCCAUCUCCCGAUCGAGUCUAUAAGUCUAGCAAGCCGGCAAAGCAGGCAAAGUUCCCGCAUCGACGAACUGAAGUUCGAACGUACAGCGCUCGUAAACCAACCGCUCGCAUUGCCAACCACCAGCAAAAAACCUUGACCCAGAUGUUUGAGACCACGCGCUCGUCACCGCUGCGCCUUGACCUAUCCGACGAGGAGGAGGAGCCUAAGCCUAGGAAGAGAAGGAGAAAGACCAUGGGGGACGAACCGACGCCAAGCUCAUCCUUUCACACCCAAACGUUGACGCAGAUGUCGCGAAGAUCAUCCGAGAAAUCAACGGCAGAAGAGGAAGAGGAGGAGGACGUAUGGCAAUUCCAGCCUUCGGACGAUGAGCUUGAGAAGGACCCACCAGUGCUGCCUUCCGGCAACGAUAAGGAGAACCAAGUGCCUGUCCAGGAUUCCUAUGCGACGACCGGCAGCCAGGGCUCUAGCCAACUCGUAUCUCCCAGCAAAAUGCCACUGCAGCCCACCAAAAAUGUUCGCUUCAUCACGCCCCAUCCUACAGCCAGUCUAGCUCCCAUGGAAGAAGAUGAGGAAGCGGAGGGAGAGCGCGAAGUCAGCCCAUCCCCUCGCAGGCCGCAAAGGUCGCCUUUGGUUGAAAUUGCAGAUUCUGAGGAUGAAUUCGAUGAUCUUGAAAUCCUGGACGAGGAAGCCGAGGGGUACGAUGCCGUUGGCGAAGAUACACAAUUUCAGAUGGACCAGGUUCUUACUUCUUCCGAGGAGGAGGUGGCCUCCAAAGAAGCGUCUCCUAUGGAGGAAGGCGACUCUGAUAAGGAAAACGUCGCCCCUGCCGCCAAAGAGGAUAAUGACGAUGAUGACGAAGAAGAUGAGGAGGACGCGACGGUGGUUCUAUCGAAGCCAUUUGUGUUUCCCAAGUUGUCACGGGAGGAUUCGGACCGCAGAGAGACCGUGGAGGUCAUCACGUCUUCACCAGAGCCUACACACGACAGUGGCUCUAGCGUUCUUAAUACAACGAGCAGGGAAACCAACGACGAGUCCGUCUCCCAGACAACACCCACACCGAGUCAGAAAACCCCCAAGGCCAAAGGGAAGCCUGUUGUCGAGACACCAAAGACCCCUUACACCCAAGGAGUGGAGAGCCAGCGGCUACCUUACAGCGUCAUUCACGGCAUGGGCCGUCAGGGAGAUCGCACCGACAUUUUUAUUUCCAUACAUCCCGAGCACAUGGAGGCUAUCGUGGCUGGCGAGAAAAACCACGAAUUUCGCAACUACAAAAUCCCCCACACUGUCACCCGCAUGUGGCUUUACGUCACGAAGCCUGUUGCGGAACUGCGGUACAUGGCAUGCUUCAGCGAAGCCAAAUCGCCUGGUGAGAUCGACGAAGAUGGGGUCGGCAACGCAGAGUUCAAUCAGAACAACUCAUCCAAGUUUGCGUAUCAUCUAAAGAAGGUCUUCCAGCUAAACGAUCCGAUGUCGUUACAGGAAAUGAUGGAUAUGGACUGGCUUCACGGGCCACCGCAGAAGUACAACUACGUGCCGCCCGCAGUUGUCGGACAGUUGAUGGCCAACCUGCGCUGCUGCAUUGUCGGUAAUGACGAAGACGAGGACGAGGAAGCCGUACCGGAACCCGAGACCGGCAGGAAGGAGUCUUUGCCGGCAGCCGGAGGUCCGUCAGAGGAUCAGACGGUCUCCCAGGAGCUCGCCGAGCAACUCCGAAGCGACAUUGAGCACUCCACCCAGCACCACUCCUCCGACGCAGACCUGCUGGUGCCUUCAAGCCAGACCCCAACCAGGAAUCGCGGCGGCCGCGGCGGUCGCAAGUUCGGCACGGAGCUCCCCCAGUUCACCAAGCCGGCUCUGCCCCCGACGCCCCUCAGCCGCCCGCCCAACCCAACGCCGCGGCGCGCGGUGCGGCCCUCCCAGGCGACGACGGCCAGUCAGGCUUCGAGCCCCUCUCAGUCGCCCGUCAAGUUCAGGUCUGCGCCGCGGCGGCCGACGCGCUCAAAUAAUCAUUCGAGCCUGCCCAUCUUUGUGGACGACGAGGACGAGGACGACAGUCCCGUCCACCUGCCGCCGGGGACGUUCCAGAUGGAUUCCUCGCAAUUGCUGUCCAAGAGCCAGAUGCUGCCUGAGAGUCUGCUGCGUGAUGACGGCGGCGACGACGACGACAUUAUUGUGUUUGAUUCAGAUCAGGAUGAUGAGCUGUAG